AAGGCUGUCAGCCACACGAAUAGGUUUGUCCGUGAAACUGGCUAUGACGUUUUGGGCACUAUCAUACAGAAUCAAGGCUGCGAAGGUUCUGGAGAAGGUAAUAUUUCAGAUUACAUACGUGUGGCGCAGCAACUGAGGACCGGCCUGGAUGACAACUGGAGUCGAGUGAGAAUGGCUGCACUGAAAACUACCCGUCUUCUGUUUCAAGUGCCACCACCGCUAGGACAAAGCCAUGAAAGCGUUUAUCCAAUUCUGCUUCCACCACUGUGUCUGAGUCGUUAUUACGUAGCUGAAGGCGUUAAGGUUUAUAGCCAACAGACUUGGUGCGAGGUUACUGGUGGCCGCGGGCGGGAGAUUCUUACUCGGAUUCUUGAACCAACUCUGGAAUACUUUGUAGAGGAGAGUAGGAGUGAAAAUCAUGCAGUCCGUGAGGCAGCUUGUGCAUGUAUGGCAGAGGUAGGCAUCAAGCUGCCACGUGGCGACUUACGGCCGCAUCUAAAUCGCCUGCUAGGGGCGUUGACGGUGUGUUUCAAGGACCAAAGUUGGCCAGUUCGAGACGCGGCCUGUAUCGGUCUGGGCAACCUCGUCUCAGUCUUUCCUACAGAGACUCGCGCUGCCGGUUACGCUGAUCUCAUGGCCGAGCGUUUUCUACACAACCUUGUUGAUUGCAUCCCCUCGGUGCGAGAAGGUGCUGCCGCCUCAAUCGCCAAGGUCCUUCAGGGAGCUAACGAUUCAGAACUUGAGAAGAUGUACUUGGACUUCGCAGAGAAACAGCUUGAUGGCAUAGUGGAUCAGCCCGCUGACUCCAAGGGGGCCGCGUCGAUGUCCCGAGGUCCUGGAGCCAAUGUGGUUGUGCGUUCGGGUAAUGAGGCACAUGACGAAAAGCACACUAACCAAGUUAUGUAUUCAUGCGGCUCCCUUGCUACCAGGGCUAACAAAGGCAAGUAUUCUACUUGUGGAGGUGGUUGCUGUAUGGAUGAUACUUUCCAAAGACCAAGUCAAUUAUGGGAAAGAGCUGAUGGAGCUAUUCGCCUCAUAGGUGAGAUGGGCAUAUAUGCACCUCAAAAGGUGACUGACCGGCUUCUUGAAAAAAUGGUCAAUGCAGCAUCGCUUACUCAUUAUCCCCACCAUCCUUACCUCCUCGAAACUGCUUGUUAUACGAUAAAGGCGCUUUGCGAGGGACAACAGAAAUCAGACUUUAAGCGAAACCUGGACUUCUUGCUACCGGUGAUUGCAUGGGCAGUGUCAACCAAUCAGCCGCUUGCGGUCGCAGCCGCAGAGGAGUGUUUAGCGACUCUCUCGCAGGUGCUGGGACCCUCGGUACUGCGUAGCCGCAUUGAGGGGCAUCUUGAAUCUACCAUUGUUCCCCGUCUCCUCAACUUUCUCCCUCCUUCUGGGUCCCAUUGA